AUGUCUGGUGCUCCCUACACCAUUCCGUACUCUGGAUCCCGCGCAAAGGGCCCAGAGGACGGCUAUGCUCCCGAUUCUGCCGCCCCUGGCAGCACCAGCAGCGGUUACAAAGCUGCUGGAUCAGGUUACAAGCAGCCUGUCGUCGCCUCUGACGCUCCAGCAGCUGGCAACGCGCACUGCACUGGACAGCACGGCAAGGGCAACACCUACGGCACUCCUCACUCGUCUGCUCUCUGCCAUCCCAAGUACGCCAAUUCUGGCUCUUCCUACUGCAUCUACGAUGAUAGUCCUGGCAAGGGCGAGACUGUUCACCACGUGACCCCUGUAUCGUCCCCCAAGGCAAGUACCCCGAACAUCCAAACAUGGCCAACAAGGUGGCCUGCUAACUCGCGUCUACAGAAAAAGAGCACUGUCAAGAACGGCAAUGGCCCCAAGACCUAUGAUGGCCCCUGUGACGAGCAAGACGUUGUCCCCGAUCUUGCUCCUUUCAACAAGGAACGUGGAAGUCGCCUGCUGUACCCCUGCGGCAAUUGUCACCUCUUUAUCCUCUAUCUCAAGAGAAAGCCUGACUUCUGCGACGUCUGCCGCAUGAUUCCCGACUGCCAGAACUGCGGUCGUGACUACCCCGAGAUGGGCGGCCAGGGCGUGCGUCGCCCCUCGAUUGGCUUCACGUUCCCCAACGGCAACGUCGGCACGUAUGACGCCCCUAAGCCCGAAUUUCCCUUUGACCUCGUCGGCGACUACAACUUUGGCCAGAGCAAGUAG